AUGAAAUCAUUGAGAAAAGUGCUUAACGGGGAGAAAGAGACAUCGAGCGUGACGAGGCUUAUUGAGAUAUACUGUAGUAAAGAAUACGAAGAAUCUUCAAUUGAUGGCGUAUUCGAUAUCGUUGAAAGCAUGCAGCUUAUGAAGAGGACUGGUCAAGUUGAAGCUAGCAGAGCAAUGCGCAAGCAACUCAAGCAUGGCACUAACCAUCAGCAUAUCCGUGCUUUGACAAUAUUUCACGGCUGCGUAUCUAAUGGCGUCUCAAGUGGUGAUUUCCCAGACAGCGAACUUGAGGCACGAUUCCGGUUGAUCGCAUCCGAUCCAAACUACGAUCCUAAAGUGAAAAAGAAACUUAGAGCGGUGCUGCGAUCGCUAUGUGAUGAGAAUUCUCAUAAUAGCCGUUUCAAGCAGCUCUAUCAGGAUUGUGGGAGUGGUGCUCCACCUAGACCUACACACAAAUCAACCUCAUCCAAGUCCCGCCAAUCAAGCUCGUCUAUACCAAAAUUUAACGCGCAACAGAAACAAAGGAUGGAGGAAACGCCAACGGAUGCAGAAGAUCCAUUCGCUGAUCCACCUGGAACGUAA